AUGGCAGAGAUAGGAGACAGCGGGAUUUCAGGGCACGAGAAGGGCGGUUCGUUAUCAAGCAAAGUGGAAACCACGAGGCCGCUGUACCGUUCCGUAUUCCACAAUAGUACAGUUGCUGCUGCCAAAGUUGUGGGGCACAAACAGGGGAAACGGUUUGUCUCGCCGACGGACCGGUUAAUGUCCCCCUGUUCGAAGAAGUUGAACCAGUACAAGCAGAAAGUAAUGCUCACCAAAUCGAAGCCAACGAAAUUGCAAUUCAACACAAAGGAGGGGUCAGAUAAAGAGCCCAGCUCGUUAAGUAAAUAG